CUCUAUUUUCGCUUGCUCCCGCCGUCUCCUCGUUCCUCCCCGCGUGCUUUUCGUCACUCCUCUCCGAAGUGCCAUCCGCCACCGCCCCAUCACACACCAUGGGCGACCAACCCCCAGCCCUCCCUCCCUCCUCCGCCUCCGGCCAGACCACCUUCGACACCCGCCUCGCCUACAUACAGUCCUCCUCCUCCCAGGUCCCCACAAGGCAGAACUCCUACAACUAUCCCACACAUCUCGACCCAUCGCAUGCCCGCACCCAGGGCCCCUCCCAGGGCCCCUCGAGACGGUCAUCCCAUGAAGAAAGGCCCCGUCACGCAACCCAUCCUUCCAUGUCCAAUGCCCCUCUACUCAAUGGGAACGCCCCCUCGGCACUUGCUCACCCCGGCUGCGUCCUCUGUGGGCUGGUCAGGUCGUGUGGAAGCAACCCUCCGUCACCUAUUCUCUCCCCGCAACACGACACAUCGUUGAUGGCGUCCUCCUCCCAGACGCCUAUCACAGCAGGCAGCUUCUCGCAAUCUCCAUACCCACUUCCAUUCGACAGAGGAGGUGCAUCUAGCCCUUCACCUGACGGUAGGCGUACGGGGAACAGAGUAGGAGGAAGAGACAUUGUCUAUGGCGACAAGGACAUCACCAUCUACAAGGCCGAGGGAAAAGAGCGUCUGUGUCAAGAUGGAAGGCAUCUCAUUAUUGUGGUCAACGAGCAUUUGCAAAGCGUGUAUGAAUUUGGGGCUUCCGAUAUUCCCCUGCUAAGCCAUAUCAUCGAUACCGCUGUCCAGAUCCUGAAUUCUGCUGCUUCCGCGUCCCUUGACGACGAAGAACGGGGCAAGGAGAAGGACAAAGUUCAGGUCGGGUUCGUGGGGUCUCUCAUGAAGGAUCCUCAGUCACCCCAUGCGCAUCUCCAUGCCCACGCCUAUCUUCCGCCAAUCGACACGAAACUCGCUGGUGCGACUCUCUGGCGCCGAAAUGUUGUAUUUGGAUCGUUGAAUUGGUGGAGCGUUGAGGAUCUGCGAGCAGAGAUCAGAGAGGCUACCUCCAACAACAGAGUCAAAACUGGGUAUCAACACCGGGAAGCUCCGAUCAAUCAGGUGCCAGAUGCUGGCUCAACUGCUCCAGUCUAUUCCAAUGAGAGCGACUAUCAUGAUACCCCUUCGCCCUUGCUUGCCCCAGGGCCGCUUCACCGUCCCCCCUCCCGCUCACAAUCACGCUCACCAGGAGCUUCGAGCUCAAAAUCUCCUCCCCCUCGCCCCUCUAGCCACCCCAUGACCAACUUGGCAGGAGGCUCAGAUGUAUCUAUCUGCACCGUCACGCCCUCGUCGGCAAGGGGCUCGGGAGAUGUACGCCGGCAUGGAAAGGGUAAGGCGAGUGAAGAUUUUGAGAAUGUCGAGAUGGAAGACAGCCGGAGGUCGCGAGAGGGUUUCGUGUAGGGAUGUGAAGAGGGUGCUGGAGGAUUUGACGGGUCACGAACAAACGAGGGGGAACGCUCAGCAUAAAUGCUCUCAUCAAGCAAUCUUGUCACAGAAUUCUUAUUGUCUCACCACACACGCACGCACAUAGAUGUAUAUCCUUGAGAUAAGGUCUCCUUCCUUACUCUUCAUUCCGACAUUUGUCUCAUACUUGUCUGAUCUUUCUACUGUCAUAUACUACGUACUGGUUUUCGGGUCUGUCUCGGAUGAUGCGACAUGAUAUUCACGCUC